AAAUACUGCCCUUUGGGAGGAUGCACAACACGCUCAACCACAUGGAAUUUUGUUGCUCGCAAAUUUGACUAGGAGACUUUCAACGGAUAAGAAAACGCGGUUAACCCAGCAGCUUCCUCUUUUCUCGAAUUUCCUUCCAGUUUGCAAGAUCUUGCUUCCUUUCAGCAUUUCUUUUGAGCCUGAUUCCCAUGCCGACCGCCAUAAAUGCAGCAGUGGCUCAGCAGACAGCUGCUGGGUCAGUUCCCAGCCCCACUAUUAGCACGACAACCGAAGGUACGGGUGGGGGCACAGGGGGAAUUUAUUCUGCCAUUAUAAGUCGCAACCAGCCCAUUAUCAAAGUAAAGGAGAAGACCUAUGAAGAGCUUCACAAGAAGUGCCUGGAGAAAAAUAUUCUCUAUGAAGAUCCUGAUUUCCCACCGAACGAGUCCUCCCUCUUCUACAGCCAGAAAAUCCCCAUCAAGUUUGAAUGGAAGAGACCACGUGAAAUCUGUGAAAAUCCACGGUUCAUCAUAGGUGGAGCCAACAGAACAGAUAUCUGCCAAGGAGAAUUAGGUGACUGCUGGUUCCUGGCUGCCAUUGCUUGCCUGACGCUGAAUAAAAAACUACUCUGCCGCGUCAUACCUCAUGACCAGUCCUUUAUACAAAACUACGCUGGCAUCUUUCACUUCCAGUUCUGGCGCUAUGGAGACUGGGUGGACGUUGUCAUCGAUGACUGCUUACCCACAUACAACAAUCAGCUGGUCUUUACCAAGUCCUCCCAGCGCAACGAGUUCUGGAGUGCCCUCCUGGAAAAGGCCUACGCAAAACUCCAUGGGUCAUACGAAGCUUUGAAAGGAGGCAACACCACCGAAGCCAUGGAGGACUUCACCGGAGGAGUCACAGAGUUCUACGAGAUAAAGGAUGCCCCUAAAGAUAUCUAUAAAAUCAUGAAACAUGCCAUUGACAGAGGAUCUCUCAUGGCCAGCUCCAUUGAUGAUCACCUAGGCUUUUCCUAUGGAUCAGCUCCUCGGAGCGACAUUGGGGAACUGAUUGCUCGAAUGGUGAAGAAUCUAGAAAAUGCACAGAUGUCUCACUCCACUGCAGACUACCAGGGGACGGAUGAGAGGCCAGCCUGGACCAUAGUGCCAAUGCAAUACGAAACGCGGAUGUCUUGUGGGCUCGUCAAAGGUCACGCCUACUCCGUCACGGCGGUGGAAGAGACCACAUUUAAAGGGGAGAAAAUACGUUUGGUAAGGCUGAGAAACCCCUGGGGGCAGGUGGAAUGGAACGGACCUUGGAGCGACAAGUCAGAGGAAUGGAACUUCAUUAACGAAGAAGAGAAAAUCCGCCUGCAGCACAAGAUCGUAGAGGAUGGGGAGUUCUGGAUAUCAUUUGAAGAUUUCAUGAGGCACUUCACAAAACUCGAGAUCUGUAACCUCACGCCCGAUACUCUGGAAGCUGAUAAACUCCAGACCUGGACGGUGUCGGUCAACGAAGGGCGCUGGGUGAGAGGUUGCUCGGCUGGAGGUUGCCGCAAUUAUCCAGAUACAUUUUGGACCAAUCCCCAGUAUCGCUUGAAGCUCCUGGAGGAAGAUGAUGAUCCUGAAGAUGAAGAAGUCAUCUGCAGCUUCCUUGUUGCACUGAUGCAGAAAAACAGGAGGAAAGAACGCAAGCUGGGAGCCAACCUGUACACCAUUGGCUUUGCCAUCUAUGAGGUGCCCAAAGAGAUGCAUGGUACGAAGCACCACUUGCAAAAGGAUUUUUUCCUCUACAACGCCUCUAAAGCUAGAAGUAAGACCUAUAUAAACAUGCGAGAAAUCUCAGAGCGCUUCCGGUUACCUCCCAGCGAAUACGUCGUCAUCCCAUCAACGUACGAACCCCACCAGGAGGGAGAAUUCAUCCUGAGGGUCUUCUCAGAGAAAAGAAGUCUUUCAGAGGAGGUUGAAAACAUGAUCGAGGCCGAGCGUCCAUCAAAGAAGAAAAAGGGCAAGCCUAUCAUCUUUGUUUCCGACAGAGCAAACAGCAAUAAGGAGCUGACAGCAGACGAAGAUGCUGGCAAAGAUGGUGAAAGAACCCACGUAGAUGAGAAAAAGCGUCCAUCAGCAAAAACUCGUGAGGGGAGUGAAGAGGAAAAACAGUUCAGGAACAUUUUCCGACAGAUCGCAGGGGAUGACAUGGAGAUCAACGCUGAAGAACUCAGGAACGUUCUCAACAAUGUCGUAAAAAAACAUAAAGACCUAAAGACAGAAGGAUUUGAACUGGAAUCCUGCCGCAGCAUGAUCGCUUUAAUGGACACAGAUGGCUCAGGGAAGAUAAACUUCGAUGAGUUUCGACAUCUCUGGGACAAGAUUAAAAGCUGGCAGAAAAUUUUCAAGCAUUACGACACGGAUCAUUCAGGAACCAUUAACAGCUACGAGAUGCGCAAUGCAGUCAAUGACGCAGGGUUUCGGCUGAACAACCAGCUCUACGACAUCAUCACCAUGCGCUACGCCGACAAGAACAUGAACAUCGACUUCGACAGCUUCAUCUGCUGUUUCGUCCGCCUGGACGCCAUGUUCCGGGCAUUCCACGCCUUUGAUAAAGAUGGAGACGGCAUCAUUAAGCUCAACGUCCUGGAGUGGCUGCAGCUCACGCUGUACGCCUAACAC